CCCAUAUCCCCUCCCCACGGGUGGGUAAAACCUCAUCCCUGGUGUGGCAACCUGCCUCAGCUCCUAUUCCUUGUCUCCUUCUCCCUGCCCGGGGUGAUCCUGAGUCUCCAGGAAGGAUCCCUCUGCUCCAGUCUCAGGCUACUCCAGAGCUCAGCUGUAGGGAGCAGGGAGAGGCUGUGGUGCAGGAGGGGAGCCGAAGCCCCUCUGGCCCUGAGGAUGAGCUGGCUCUGUUCUCUGGAAUGCACACGCUGAGGGCCCUGGGAAAGGAAGAUGCUCCGGACUAGUAACUACAGCCUGGUGCUCUCCUUGCAGUUCCUGCUGAUCGUCUAUGACCUCUUUGUCAACUCCUUCUCGGAGCUGCUCCGCACGGCCCCCGUCAUCCAGCUUGUGCUCUUCAUCAUCCAGGAUAUCGCCAUCCUCUUCAACAUCAUCAUCAUCUUCCUCAUGUUUUUCAACACCUUCGUCUUCCAGGCCGGCCUGGUCAACCUCCUCUUUCACAAGUUUAAAGGGACCAUUGUCCUGUCGGCGGCUUACUUGGUUCUGAGUAUCGCCUUCCACAUCUGGAUCAUGCUCCGGAGAGGGAGGAUUGCUGCUCUGUGGAACGUGUCCGUCUCCCAAGGAGGCAGCAGCGCAUCUCUGGAGAGUGUGGGGCACUCUAAGGAGAGGAGUGAGAACCUGCGCUGGAAAAACUCCACCCGCUUUGUAUGGACGGACGGGCUGCAGGCCCUCUUUGUGUUCCAGAGGCUGGUGGCCGUGCUGUACUGCUACUUCUACAAGAGGACGGCCUUGCACCUGGGGGACCCCCGCUUCUACCAGGACUCCCUAUGGCUGCGCAAGGAGUUUGCUCAGGUCCGCAGCUGAUGGCUUCCUCCAGGACCCAGAGCCGUGGCCGGUCCGUGACUGCUCCCAGCUGGCUGGCAUGGAGCCCCCCGUUCCACCUGCGCUCUCUAUCAGCUGUCUGAGAAGCCAGUGUCUCUCAAGCCUGGUCUCGCACUCCAUCCCAUGAACUAAACAGGCUGGAGAGAUCCCAUCAAGAGACGUGUCAUCCUCGCACCUGCUGCUUUGCUGGUUGCCCGCUCAGGCUCUCCCUCAUCCCCAGUAACUCAUUCCACUCCCCUCUUGCAGAUCAGCGAGCCGUUCCUGCCCCUUUCUCUCUAGACCCAGCUGCAGCCUCCCUGAGGAGUGAUCCGAAGUGCCAAGCAGGUUUGGCUGAGGACUCCUGUCCUGUAACUGCAGCAUGGCUCCUCUUCAUCCAGAACAAUCCUUCCACCAGCCCUACGCACAGCUAACUCGCCGCCUGACCAAUGGGGUCCUGUUGGUAUCGGCUCCAUUUGGCCUCCGCUUUGCAUAUCUGGUGGGAUGAGGUGCCAGGACGCAGCCUGUCCUAGCUGCGCAGCGUUAGGCCUGUCCUGGUGGUAGACCCUCCUUUUGUACCUUCGUAUUUUUGUAAAUUAUGAGACAAUAAAUUGGCUUCAUUUUCCAGAAA